AGUGAGUGGCUUGAAGUGGCUAUGUCCAAUCCAUUGGAUUCUGGCCUGGCCGUCUUAACUCUCAGUGGAGAGCAAGCGCUAUACAAAAAAGAAGAAGAAAAAGAAGAUCGCAUCGAUCGUACAGUUGUGUAUCGCCUGUGCGCGAUUAUGGCUUUUGCAAUGUUCAAUGUGUCCGGCAUCACAGUACAGAGGCUACGAAAGAUUUUCCAGAGGACUUACUCGGAGGCCAAAUUUUCUCAGAUUACAUCAAGAUCGAAAGAUGUUAAGAUGAUGGAGAAAUACGUACACGAAACCGACAUUCUAAUUGUCGGUGGUGGUCCAGCGGGAUUAUCGGCAGCUAUUCAGGCCCGUAGACUGGCUGAGAAACAUAGUAAGGAACUCAGGGUUACCCUUGUUGAAAAUGAGUGUGCAAUAGGUGGCCUUGUCUACAGUGGUGCUUGUCUGGAUCCAAUUGUUUUGAAUGAGCUCUUUCCAAAUUGGAAAGAAUUAGGUGCGCCAUUAAAUACUCCUGUUACAGAGGAUAAAUUUGCAUUUCUCACGAAAAAGAGGAGAAUAUCUAUACCUAUUUCCAAGGGAAUGUGUCACCAUGGAAAUUACAUAGUAAGAUUAAGCAACAUGGUGAAGUGGCUUAGCGAGCAAGCAGAAGCCGCUGGUGUCGAGAUAUAUCCUAAAAACGAAGUGAUUGAUAUUUUAUAUCAUGAGGAUAGAUCUGUUAAAGGAGUGAUUACAUAUGAUAGGGAUUUGUCACCAUGUUUUGAUCCAGAUAUGAUAUACUCAAACAAAAAUUUUGGUAAACAUAGGGAGCUUUAUGCGACAUGUACUAUAUUUGCGGAAGGUUCUGGUUACUUCCAUUGUUUGGAGGAUAAGUUACGGCCGAAAUUUAAUCUUAGGAAAGAUUGUGAGCCACAUGAAUACGGUCUUGAAUUGAGACAAAUUUGGGAGAUAGAGCCAAGCAAGCAUCGACCUGGAACAAUGGAGCGUACAAUUGGUUGGCCACUUCAUAGAGUUAUAUAUGGUGGAUCAUUUCUUUACCAUUUGAAUGAAGAAAGACCUUUAGUAGUGAUAGGUUUCAACCAUGCAUACGGUAAUCUUUAUGGGCGCAAUGACAUUGAGACUUUGCAAGAACAUCCUAGUAUUGAACCAACAUUUGAAGGAGGGAAAAUAGUAGUCUCUGAAAUGGUGAAGGUGGUACAAGGUGGAUUUCAAUCUAUUCCAAAACUUCAUUUCCCUGGUGGUUGUCUUAUUGGAAAUAUGGCAAGUUUUGUAAACGUGCUCAAAAUGAACGGAAUUAAUUAUGCUAUAAAAAGUGGCAUAUUAGCUGCAGAAAGCGUUAUUGAGGCGAUUAUAGAUGCAGAAAGUAAUACCUCACGGACGAAAGGCUUAGAGCCGAAAACGUAUACAGAUAAAAUAAAAAAUAGUUGGAUCUAUAAGGAAUUGAAAGCCGUAAGAAAUAUAAGGCCCAGCUUUAACUCUUAUCUUGGUCUUUACGGCGGUUUAACGUACUCUGGAUUCUCUAUGUUAGUAGGCGGAAGAGAGCCGUGGACUUUGUCUCACGGAAGUAAGCAGUACUAUGUCUUAUCGAAAUAGAAUAGGGAAUACGAAAAAAUAUUUGGAAAUAUCGAUGUUUUUAUGAAAUAAAUAAUACAAAUUACUGAUAAAUAA